CGCUGAAGCAGCUUUAUUUAUAGCAGCAUUAGCAGAAUCCUCUCACCAUUACGAGUCCAACUCCGACCUUUCUAUGUCAUUUCUUUGAGUGUGUAGCACACUGCACAACGUAGAAUCCUGAGAGAGAAACCUUCGUCUGCCUCGAGCUGCAUUCUCUCCAUUUCUAACAAUCUAUGUCGGUGUUAUCUCAGUCAAGGAUAACCACAUACGGUACAAUGUUAAGCUCUCCACCACCACCAGCUCCACCACCUCCCGGUGGCAGCAAUGGAAGUAGCAGCAAGAAGAAGCGAAGGCCGGCGGGCACUCCAGAUCCGGACGCGGAGGUGGUGGCGUUGUCGCCGAGGACGCUGCUGGAGUCGGACCGGUACGUGUGCGAGAUCUGCCAGCAGGGGUUCCAGCGGGACCAGAACCUGCAGAUGCACCGGCGGCGGCACAAGGUGCCGUGGAAACUGCUGAAGCGGGACGCGGCGGCGUCGGAGGUGCGGAAGCGGGUGUUCGUGUGCCCGGAGAUGACGUGUCUGCACCACGACCCGCGCCACGCCCUGGGCGACCUGGUCGGGAUCAAGAAGCACUUCCGGCGCAAGCACAGCAGCCACCGACAGUGGGCGUGCGCCAAGUGCUCCAAGGCCUACGCGGUACAGUCCGACUACAAGGCCCACCUCAAGACAUGCGGCACCCGCGGCCACUCCUGCGACUGCGGCCGUGUCUUCUCCAGGGUGGAGAGCUUCAUCGAGCAUCAAGACACAUGCACGGCCGGCCAAGCUAGGGCGGAGCUCCAGAUGAACCAGGCGCCGGCAUGCGUGUCUAGGAUGGCUUCGAACACGACCCCAUCGAGCUGGUCCGGCCUGGGAAUGCCGAGUCCCGCGGCCGCCGUCUUCCUCGCCCGGCUGGGUCAUCCUCCAUCGUCGCAGCCCGUUCGACGCUGCACUGAGAACAUUGAGCUCCAGCUCCUACCUACAUCCAACAACCAGCAUACGACCCGCCCUUCCUCUGCGUUAUCUUCUCCUGCAUCCGAGGAGGCCGAAGUCGCCAAAUUGCAGCUCUCGCUCGGUCCCGCCGACGACCAUGCGCCGGCCAAGGACGCACAGGCGUCUACCGCACGGCUCAAAGACGAGGCGAUGGAACAUCUAAAGCUCGCCAUGGCCGAGAAGGCACUUGCCGACGAGUCAAGGCAGCAGGCUCGGCGACAGCUCGAACUAGCCGAGCACGAGAUCGAGAGAGCUAAACGGAUCAGGCAGCAAGCGCAGCUGGAGCUGAACCGAGCUCACGCCAUCAGGGAGCACGCCGUGAAGCAGAUCAACUCCGCGAUGCUGCAAAUCACUUGUCAUGCCUGCAAGCAGCAGUUCCAGCAGGCAAAGCCCGCAAUGGCCUCCGAGGCGAACUCUUUCGCCAUCAGCUACAUGUCGUCGGCGGUGACCGAGGGCGACGAGGAGAACGACGAACACAACCAUCAACACAAGAUCCCGAAAUUAUAGCUUCAAUUCCCUCCAUUAUCUAACAUCGAACGAUGAAUGCAAUUACAUUCGGUGUUCAAUGUGCACGUCAAGAGCCGGAAUGCUCCACGCAAGUGUGCUUGUCCAUUUCUAGCUGCAUAAUGAUGUAUCUGUUAUGAUGUUUUCUCUAUGUUCCAAGCAUCAGACUAAAUAGUUGAUGGAAGACUUGUCUGCA